ACCCCACAAGCAAUCCCCCACCACCGCAUUCCCGCGACGCAACAACCCUUUCCUUCUUCCUCUCGCCGCCGCCGCCGCCGCCGCAGCCGCAUCGAGCCUUCUCGUCAACACCCCCCGAUCCGUCUCUGAUGGCGCCGAAGGCGGAGAAGAAGCCGGCCGAGAAGAAGCCGGCGGAGGAGAAGGCGGAGAAGGCGCCCAAGGGAGAGAAGAAGCCCAAGGCGGAGAAGCGGCUGCCGGCGUCCAAGGAGGGCGGCGCCGACAAGAAGGGGAAGAAGAAGGCCAAGAAGAGCGUCGAGACCUACAAGAUCUACAUCUUCAAGGUGCUCAAGCAGGUGCACCCGGACAUCGGGAUCUCCUCCAAGGCCAUGUCCAUCAUGAAUUCCUUCAUCAACGACAUCUUCGAGAAGCUCGCGCAGGAGGCCGCCAGGCUCGCCAGGUACAACAAGAAGCCCACCAUCACCUCCCGCGAGAUCCAGACCUCCGUCCGCCUCGUCCUCCCCGGCGAGCUCGCCAAGCACGCCGUCUCCGAGGGCACCAAGGCCGUCACCAAGUUCACCUCUUCCUAAAAUGUUUUUAGCUUAGUUUGUAAUUGAUGCUGCUUGUGAACAAUGAAUGGCAUUGUGCUUGAUUCCAAAUGAAAAUUCAUUUGUUACUUAGUAUAACAAGAUCAAUGCGAUUUGGGAUGCAAUUUGAUCGUAUUUGCUACGAUGUUUCAGUUCA